CUUCUUAUUCACAACCUCUGCCAUUCCCCAAACUGGAACCCGAGUAAAAAUGCCAAAUCUUCUAAAGCAGAGACCAUCCACGUCAUCAUAGUAUCAAUUCUCCUCGUCCAGGUUUUGCCAAGUGUCACACACCCAGUAAGUCCAGGAGAAACGUGAAUAAAUGGGCAAUGCCCGAAGCAAUAACCUAAAACUGAGCUUCCUUUAGUCCCCCAGAACCAACAAGGCUUGAGCAAAUUCGAAGAGCAAUGUCUGCUCGUUUCGCCGAUCAAUGUUGUUUCAUUGUUGCUUUCGUUGAUGCCAUUGAUAUCGGUUGAUUCUGUUUUGCUUUGGUUUGUGGUGGGUGUUCGACAUUUUCCUACUGGUCUCUAAGUGCAAUCCCGUUUUCACAAUCUUUCUUCACUUUGUUCUUAUUCAGCUAUAUCAACACUUGAUUUAAUUAAUCAAAUAGGCUUAUGUUGAUUUUGCUCUUUCUUUUGCUUUGAAAUGGUGAAGGUUUGUUUAGGGAGUUUUUGAUUUGAGGAAUUAGAACAAAUAAGGCCGGAUUCCUGCCACAAGCCGUAGUUUAGGAAGUUUAGUUAAGAGGAAUGAAUUGAUUGGUAGAGUUAUAUUGGAUGAAAGCAUGGAACCUGUUUGUGAAUUUUGCCGGGUGGUGAGAGCAGUAGUAUAUUGUAAAUCAGAUUCGGCUCGGCUUUGCCUGCAUUGUGAUGGAUGUGUACAUUCUGCAAACCCUUUGUCAAGUAGGCAUUCUCGUUCUCUUUUAUGCGAUAAGUGCAAUUCACAACCUGCAAUGGUCCGUUGUAUGGAUGAGAAAUUGUCCCUUUGUCAAGGCUGUGAUUGGAAUGGCAAUGCUUGCUCGACCAUGGGCCAUCGGCGCCAGGCCUUGACUUGUUACACAGGAUGCCCUUCUUUGGCAGAGUUUUCAAGGAUUUGGGCUUCAGUUCUUGAGACACCUUCUUCAGGUGGCUAUGAUGUUGGAUGGGAACCGCUUAGUUCUGUGUCCGUGACUGAGAACUCCGUAGCAAACUGUAUUGGGCCGUCAGAAAAUGAGGGGCCAUUUGGAUUUGUUGCUAGCAAAUUAAGUGAACUAGAACAUUGUCCCAAGUUUGAACCUUUGAUGGAAACACCUCCUUUAAUUCCUCCAAAUCCAAAUUACAUGCCAUACUAUAAAGAUCAAUCACCUUUAUUGCCAGAGGAGUCCAACAUGCCAAAGCAGGCGUGCUCCAGCUUUAAGGAUGUUGGACUUUGUGAUGGAGACGAUCUUUGUGAAGGUCUCAGCAUCGACGAUCUCCCUUUAGACUUUGAAAAUGCUGAUGAGAUAUUUGGAUGUUCACAAGGUCAUAGCAGAUACCCGUUCGAAGAUGGUGGUAACAGCUGUAACUUAAUGGAUAAAACCUUAUCUGCCACCAAAUCUAAUGAACCUAUUGAGAAUGCUUUUGAGGCAUCGUCAGGACAAUAUGAUUGUGUGGCUUUCCAAUCUUCUGGUGCUGGGGGUUCAGCCAGUAUGAUGCAGACCAUGAAUGAUAGUGCUAAUUGUACGUUAGUGAAUCCUGGUUGCAACAGAAACAUAAAUAUUGGUUUUCCUACUGGGCAAAUUCAUUCCAGCAUGUCACUUUCACUCUCCAACAUCACUGGCGAAAGUAGCGUUGCUGAUUACCAAGAUUGCGGAUUAUCGCCAAUAUAUUUGACUGGUGAGUCUCCAUGGGAACCAAAUCUGGUGGCUAGUUGCCCACAAGCAAGGGAUAAAGCCAAGAUGCGAUACAAAGAAAAAAAGAAAACGCGGAUGUUCGGCAAACAAAUAAGGUAUGCCUCUCGAAAGGCCAGAGCUGAUACGAGAAAGCGCGUGAAAGGUAGAUUUGUGAAAACUGGGGAGGCAUAUGAUUAUGACCCCCUAGGGACAAGUAGCUUCUGAGCCAGAUUACUGAAUCUUUGCACCUUACCCUGUAAGAAAAGGGUGAAUUUACAAGGUAUAAACUUUCCACCAGUUGAAUAUAAAAGCAUUGUGUUCCCUCUGGUGAUUUCAUGAGGAUAAAAUGCUUGCAGGUAGAAACGAUCUUGCAUGUGGCUAAGAGUUAUUUGUAUUCACUCUAAGCGCAAGUUAUUUGCUCUUAAAUUCGACGUAUGCCUUAAAUUCCAAUUAUGUUGUGAUAUGCUCUCUGAAAUUCUUGAUAUUAUCUAGAUCCAUUGCUGUCAAUAGGCAUACUCAGUACUCUGAUAACUGAUGGCCAUAAAGUAAUAGGUUAUCUGUAGGUUAAGUAUAGUCUACAAGUUUUGAGUGUUGAAUCAACAAGAGCUGCAAAGAAAGAGAGGAAAAAAAGGCGCAUUUAAGCCAUUAGGUCCUGGCUCAAAGUUUAGCGUUUUGAUUUGGAUUGUUUAAAUUAACAAGUAGAGAGGAAAAGUUAGUUGGGCGACUCGACUUCAAACAAAAACUUGCUAAUGGAUUGGAAAACUAUUUCAGUAUUUCUUGAUGGUACCAGUGUUGUAAUGCUCUGUUCUAGCACUUGACAUUUAGGCUUUUGAUUCUGGCAGCCUAUAUCUAUAUUGAUAUUGUAACAUACCAGUUCAUCACUCUUGUUCAUUUGCUGGUCAAUUCAUGACAACGAUAACAACUGAAAGCCAUGCAACUUGAGGUGUUUUUUUUUUCUUUUUUUUUUUCCUGGAAGAUAAAAUACUGCAAAUCAAGACUUUAUAGAUAUAAAAAUCUUCUUCAUUCAUCCUAUUUGUUUGGUAUAGCCAAUCCGUUAGCCUUAUGAGUUUGUAAGUUUUACCGUUCAGACCUUAGUGUUGUAUUCUUGGUUUUAGAGUGUUAGUCUGAUUUGAUAAAUUCAACCUUCAUUUUUCUCACCA